UGACCACUCUCAUUGACAUUUUAGUUCUACCCUUCCUCUAAUUUCUUCUCGUGGAUUUGAAGAUAAUAAAUUAGGGCACACAAUUUUGGCGUUCAUUCAAUUGGCAUCAUCUUUGAUCCAGAUAGGGGGUUAGUUCAUAGAACAAUGGAGUUGAGACCAUUCAUCUUGCAACCCAACUUGACACACUUGUUUCCAACAUUCACAUGCUGUGUCAAACCUUCUUUCCAGCAUUCAAAGCAAAAGGAAUUUUCAUUGAAAAUCAGUAGAAGAAGGUUGGGGUUUUUGGCAGCCAUGGCCUCCUUGAUUUUGGGUGAAGAUGGCAUUUUUAGGACACAAAGUGCAAAUGCAUUUGACUUUGGAUUUGUGGCUCCUGGUCAAACAGUUGAAGAGGCCCAGAGUGGAGUUAGGGUUCAUGCACAAGAUUUGUUACAAGUUAGGGAUUUGCUAGAGUCAGAGUCUUGGAAAGCUGCACAAAAGGCAUUGAGAAUGAGAGCAGCACUCCUGAAGAAGGAUAUGUAUACCAUAAUCCAAAGCAAACCUGGAAUUGAGAGGCCCCAACUAAGGAAGCUCUAUUUUACUAUCUUCAACAAUGUUUCUAGAUUAGAUUAUGCAGCAAGGGAUAAAGAUGAACCACAAGUCUGGCAGUGUUACGAGAACAUUGUUGUGGCUGUCAAUGACAUUCUAUCCAGAAUAUAGUGAUUCAUAGCUUUUUGAUAAUGGGAGGCGGAGCAGUUCUUGAUCUUCUUGAUCAGUUUAUGUCAGUAGCUACCCAAUUAUGCUUGUUGCACGAAGUGAAGGAGUCAAUGAUAUGGACUCAAAACUAGUUGAACAAAAAAAGGAUCCUGUUAUAUAGAUCAUGAGUUUGGUCAUGGAGAAUUAGCUAAAGAAUGUUGAAAGUUUGACUAUAUGUGAUAACAAAAUGAUGAUGCUCAGCCUCAUGUCUUCAAGAGCUAAAGAAAAAUACAAAUGGAGGCAUGUCAAUUUUGGUAGAGAAAUCUAAGCCAACUUUUGAACUCUUCAAUCUCCAAUUACGAGAAUAAAUUCUGAGGAGGUGAUGGCUUUAGUAAUUAAGAGAAAGGUUUGUGGUCUGUUUAGCUCUCCCUAUAAGGUCUUAAUUCACAUAUGUAUUGUUUGCUAAUUAUUUAUGUUUGUAGACUUCUCAAUUGUGCCUAUUUGACUUCAAAUAGAUUAUGAAAAUAUUUGAUUACUAAACAUCAAAGAAUUGAAAGUUGAGCUGGAAAAAGUAGAUUGAAAAAAGAGAGAAGGAAAUCAAGGAUUUUCAACUUUCAAUGAUAAUAGGAAGACUGAGAUGUUAGGAAAAAAGUAAAGUUGACUACAAAGGAAAAUAAAGAUUGGGAUAUGAUACCUAGGAGAAUAUAUAUGUUAACUUUUCCCUCGUUUUGCUCAGGAGGAAUUUCUUCCUUUUAUAAAAGUCUUCUGUUC